AUGGAAAAAUUAAUAGAAAUACUAGAUAAGAAACUCAACAAUCAAACACUUGCUAUUACAACUUCUGUAACGAAAAAUGUAAUGGAAGCGCUUGAUGAAAAGAUGAAACUUAUCAUGAAGGAAAAUAGUAUACUCAAAGCCAAAAUUACUGAACUAGAAACGGAAGUGAAGUUUUUGAAAGAUGAAAAACGGAAAAACAAUCUAGUAUUUUUUGGGAUAGAAGAAAUAGGAAAAACUGAAUGUGAGCUUGUAGACUGCAUAAAGGAUCUCAUAGUGGACUCGGGAACACAGCUGGAUAGUAAUGAAAUCAGUAAAAUAUACAGAAUUGGAAAACAGGUCAACNCUAUACUGGUGAAUAACAAUCCACUAGAAUAUGUCAAGGAGUACAUAUAUUUAGGCCAGGUAAUUGCUCUGGCUGAUCAGACCACAAAAGAGAUAGACAGGCGCGUGGGAAAUGCCUGGAAACAGUUUUGGAGCUUGAAGGAGGUCAUGAAGAGUGGUGGUAUCAGUAUAGGCAUUAAACGGAAACUCUUUGAUGUCAGCAUACUCCCUGUACUCACAUACGGCUGCCAAACUUGGGCACUCACUUAG